GAAUUGGUGUGCAUCGAGUGAUUGCGCUACUUUGUGUGAGAAAUUCGUGUAUGGAAAAUUUCGAAAAAUUUAAAAACUGGUUGAACCGAAAUUCGUGCUUAAAACUUAUUGACAAAGAAACACUGAGUAAAUAAAUCGGAUUUUACAAAUCGAAAAUAAACAGUAAUUUGGAAGUGUAUAAGAAAGAAUAAAUAAAUAAAAAUACUUGAACUGCAGUAGAUAGUCUAAAGAACAGGUUGUGAGACGAGUUUUUAUGAAGUAAAGCAAAAAGUGUAAAUCCAAAUUGUCCAAAAUUCUGUAAUAAAGCAAAAAUGAGAAACAUUAAAAAAUUAAGUAUCAAAUAUAACAUAAAUAACUAAGCAAAAACAAAUUUUGUUAUAAUUGUGGCAUACUAAAAAUGUAAAUAAAAUAUAAAAAAAAUUAAUAAGAAAUAGAAAAUUUCGAGAACUGAUAUUCUUACAGACAGCUCUAUAAAAUAUCUAAAUUAUUUCCCAAUAAAAUACUCAAUUUAUUGACUGUGAAAAACAUGCUAUAUGAAGUGUCGAGAGCAUAAAUUAAAUAAUAAUUUAAAUUUAGAAAUAAUUUUUUUUGGCUGUGCUAAAAUAUUCUAUGCGGUUGGAGAUCAUUAAGGAGCCAAUAAAAAAGUUAUAAUACUUAGAAAAGUCAUUGUGCAACAGAUAUCAAAACAUGUGGGAAUAAUGCCAGAAACACUUUGUUUUGUAGCAAAAGGAAACAAAAUCUGAAGGAUAGGAAGGAGGCAUAGAUUAAAAUCAUACUAAUUGGUGCUAAAUUAUCUAAAUUAUUACACUUUGAAAAAUAUUUCAAUACCAAAAAUUAAGCUACAACAACAAUCCAAUGCGAUAACGGAAUCACUACCGCACAUAUGUAUAUACGCUAAGCAUUUGUCAAGCGAAUAAAACGUUUAUUACCGCAUGUUUUACAUUUAUGCGACAGCUUAAACAAGCAACAACUUCAAUAAAAGCAACAACACACCAGACGCGCCGCAUACACGAGAGAAACUAACGAACCAACGCCAAGCAAAUAACGAAGAAAGCAAAACAAAUCAGUAAACAAAUAAUCAUAAAACCGUCAAAAAGGAUAUGCAACAACAACAGCAAGCAGCAAUGAAAAGCCAACAGCAACAACAAUAAAGCUAUAACAAUAAAGGCGAAGGCACAGCAAACAAAUCCCUUAAAGUCACCACUACACCCACAGCAAACACGCAUACAUACAUACGUAGGUUACACGCUACACCCACAAAGCGUGUGAACCAAAUAUUUCAAAGAGAAAAAAAUAAGAAAAUAUUUGCGAAGCACCAAACUUGAAAAAAGCGACCACAGCGGAAAAGGAAACAAGUUAAGGCGUAAACAAAUUAACAAAAAUAUAUACAAGUAUACGUAUGCCUGUGUGUGGAUGUAAUAAUAGGAAAAUAUGUAAAUAAAACAUCGCUACGAAAAAGUCGCCAAAGAGUGAAGCACAAAACAUUUCCCGCUGACAUUAACACAAAUGCUUGACAAUUUGUUUUACCAAUUUCCAGCUACACCAAACCGACCGACUGCUCAACUAUAUUGACUAGCCAUAUAAGGCACAAGCAACAAUAACAACAGUGUGUGAGAGCACGAGUUGAAAGCAGCAUCCUGUGCCGCACAAAAAAGCGGCGCUUUUAAACACAAAGGCAGCGCAACGACGUCAACGCAACAUCCGGUGGGCGCAUUCAAGCCACAGCCGAGUAGUGCGCGGGAGUGUGUGUGUGGGUGGCCACAAGGCAGCAUCGAACGUACGAGUAUCCUUGCCGCAGCGCCGCCGGUCGCUUGGGACACAUUUAAAAGUGUGUGUUUGCCCAUGAAUGUCCUGUGGCUACUUGAUUUUUUGUACAUUUCUGUGGUAACAGACAAUUGCCAUUGCUGUUAAUAACAGUGGAACGAUCGAAAGAGUACCAAAUAUAUUGCUUACAGUGUGUUAAAAAUAAAAGCUGCUUUAAGUGGCUGAAACAGUGGUAAACCAAUACAAAGACAUUAAUAUAGUGUGUGUGAAAGGAGUUAAGAAAUGGCAGCCUACACGCAGUUUGGUUACAAUUAUCCGUCGGCAAAUCAGUUACUCAACGGUGUUGCACAGUCAGCAGCCGCAGCCGCUGCCAUUUCCAAUGGCAUGACAACGAACAGCAUCGGCCUCGUCGGUGGCGGCAGCGCACCGUCACCACUCUCUGGCGGCAAUGAUGCAUCGCUCAGCCCAUCUGGCGGAUCGUCGGCGACCACAACUGGCGGUGUCACAACCACUGGACCGCUUAGUCCAGGUGCAAUUUCGCAAACAUCAAAUAAUACAAAUACAAAUAACAACAACAGCAGCGCCAACUCAGUCGGCCUCAGCAUACUGCAUAGCAGCACCGCCAAUGCAAUCGGCUUGAGUUUGAGCCUAAAUGCAGAUGUCAGCGGUGGUGGCGAGGGUGAUGUCGGCAUGGGUAUUGAUGGUGUAGGCGCCGCCGCCGCCGCCAAUGCGUCCGCUAUCAAUGACGGCACUACGCCCUGCUGUGAGAAUGGCCGCCCCAUCAUAACAGAUCCCGUCUCCGGCCAGACGGUCUGCUCGUGCCAAUACGAUUCGGCACGCUUGGCGCUCUCCAGCUACACACGCAUGCCUGGCGCUGGUGCGUCAGCCGGUGUCGGUGUUGGUGUUUAUGGCACGCCCUAUCCAUCAAGCGACCAAAAUCCCUAUCCCAGCAUUGGCGUGGAUAGUUCGGCGUUCUAUUCGCCUCUGAGCAACCCAUACGCACUUAAAGAGGGCAACGCUGGCUCUGACAUGUCUGCUUGGACGUCAGCUAGUCUACAGCCUACAACUGGCUAUUAUUCAUACGAUCCGAUUGCCGCUUAUGGUUACGGCUCCAGUUAUGACUUGGCGGCACGUCGCAAGAAUGCCACACGUGAGUCCACAGCUACGCUGAAAGCUUGGCUUAGUGAGCACAAGAAGAAUCCCUACCCUACCAAAGGUGAGAAGAUUAUGUUAGCCAUCAUUACGAAGAUGACGCUGACACAGGUCUCCACUUGGUUCGCGAACGCGCGCCGUCGUCUUAAGAAGGAGAAUAAAAUGACUUGGGAACCAAAGAAUAAAACCGAUGAUGAUGAUGAAGCAAUGCUGUCGGACGAUGAGAAGGAAAAAGAUGCUGAUGAGGUUGAUAAGCUGAGCAGCGGUGCUGCUGGUGCUGCAGACGUCGUUGGGGGCGUUUACGGCGGUGCCGCAAUGAGUGGCAGUGACUUGCGAAAAGAUGACCCCGUUGUGAAAUCGGAAUUACUGGGGAAGGAAGACAAAAUGGAUGGUUGCACAAUGGAUGAACCGAAAUUCGGCGAUAUACCCACUCUACGCAAUAUGAGUGGCGUCUACAACUCUCCAUAUGGACAGCAUCCGAGCUAUCAUCCAUACCAACAACAACAAACAUCAGCUUACUACCAACAACAGCAGCAGCAGCAACAGCAUGCAGUUAGCAUGACUUAUGGCACAUCAAGCCAUAUUAGCGCAGCGGAUGAGUAUAACGCGUCAAAAAACCUGCUGCGUGCGGCGGACUGUGGUAUACCGCUCCCAGCGAGCAAGCCCAAGAUCUGGAGUUUGGCCGACACGGUCGCUUGCAAGACACCGCCACCUCCGCCGCCGCCGACGCUGGCCACAUUGCAACCACCUAUACAAAUGGCAACCUAUCAGCAGCAGCAGCAACAGCACUUACAGCAACAACAACAACAUCAACAAUCACUGUUGCAGAAUCGCUCACAGUACUACCAACAAAUGCCGACGCAUUUGCAGCAGCUCAGUCAACUCAAUCCACACAGCAGCAGCAGCAACACACAGCCAGCGCACAACAACAACAGCAGCAACAGCAACAAUUCGACAUCGCUGAGUAUGAUGAACGGUUACGUCGGCGCAUUGCCUUAUUCGCGCAUACCUACGGCGUACGCGGCAACUGGCGCCAGCAGCAACAACAACAACAGCAGCGCACAAUUUCUCAAUCUCAGCUCCAGCAGUAUCAGCAGCAGCAGCAGCCACAAUGGCAGCAGCGGCAACAACAACAACCUCAACGGCAGUAUUGGCAGUGGCAGCAGCAACAGUAGUGCCUCCACGCCACCUUCAAUGACACAGGGGCCACCACUGCUAACAGCACAACAGUACCACCAGCUGCAGCAGCAACAACAGCAGCAACAACGUUUGGGUUUCAACGAAAUACAGCCGGAUACGCCGCCGCAAACGCCACCCAAUAUGAAGCUGGCGAGCAACGGUAGUGGUAUUGUGUUGAAUCAGUUGGCGCGCAGCGGCCUCAUGGCGACGCCCACGAGCAGCGCGGCGGGCAUGUGUUUCAACGGUGUUGCGGGGCAGCAAGCGGCGUACGGUGCGGUGCUGGGCUCCAGUGUUGGUAUCAACUAUGCGUUGGCAGCGGCACGUGCUGAGGGCUGAGUGGGGACGGGUUGAGCUGAAUUAAAUGAUAACAGUAAUUAGUUCACGCAACUCCUGUCAUCCGUGGGACCAUGUGCAACAACAAAAACAGGCAAUAAAUAAAAAAUAUAUAUGAACGAAUUGAAAUUCUCGUAGCAAAAAGCGCCGUACAUUCGGACAGCGGAAGUAAGUGACGCUAGUUUUUUAAAUUAGUUUUUCUUGUACAACAACAAAAAUAUCGCUGAUCGCCGUAGUGUCAGCCGUCACAAUUUAAACGCGCUAAUUAUUUUGCAAUAAAAACGUAAUUUGAGUAAGCGGCAAUAAAAAGUGUUUAUUGCAUUUUGCGAGCGAGCGUGUUAAAAAGGUCGCAUGCCGGCUGCGUAAUAACACACGCGCGUGCGCGCAGUGAAACAAAAAAAAAAACGAAAAAUAACACUAUAAGUAAAAGAAAACAGUUAAAAUAAUAACUAAAGACUCAAGGCACGAACUCGCUGCUGCAGAUACAUGAUAAAUAUGAAGAGGGUGGUCGCUUGUUGUUGCUCUUGUUAUUGUACAAUUAAUAGUGCUUUAUUAAACAGCAACAAUAAUCGCGAGUUUAGGUAUACGCACAGCGCAUUCGUCAUACCCGCAGCGGGUUAACGACUCCUGGCACAGUAGCAGCCAGCAGUUGUGGUAGCAAAACGCAGCUGUAAGCAUAACACUAUCAGUGUAACAAGCGCGAAGGUGUUGUAAAAAUAACAAUUAAACCUUGAUAAAAGUGCUUGUAAAGCUUAUAAAUUAAGAUUAAAAGCACAUUAAAAAAUGGCAAUUAAAAAGUGCUAAAAAUAAACGCGCAAACAGCAUAUGAAGCAUGAAUUUGCAGAUUGACGAAAGUAUAGGGUGGUGCGCAAACAGGUUUAAAAAACUAAGUAAUAUUAAAAACAAAAAUUUAAAAAAUAUAUUAUCCUAAUAAAAAUUUAAGAUUUUUAUAUAAAUAAUUGCAUAAAAAGAAUUACAUAAAAAUAGUGAAAAGAACAUGAUUGGGUACUUAUGUUCAAUUCUAGUAUUUGAACAAUAUCGAAGUUGAAAAGUUAACCUAAUAGGCCACUAACCAGAGCUAAAACUCAAACUUGUAGGAUCACCCUAUAUUUGUCGAAAGUUAAUGAGCUGAACUCGCAUUAUAUAGGAACAAAAGUGACCUUUUUCAAAAUUUAAAUGCUGUUCUUUAUAUUUAGAUAUAUAUUUUAAAAUUUUUACUUUUAAAGUAAGAUCUUAACUGUGACAUUUUCAAAAAAUGGACUUUUUUUUUAAUUUUUGCAUAUUCGAUUGUUAAUAAUCUCAAAAAUAUUCCGUGAAAGCGGUAAGGUCGUAUCUUGGCAGCGUUCUAAAGAGCGACCGCUCGCAGGCAUAAGCCGCCAUAGUCGAAACUUUAAACGCUUUUUUCUCGAAACGACAUUUCAACGAGAAAUGUGCCGAUAGACUUCAAAUUUAAACUGAAUGUUCUUGAAUAUAGUUACUAUGCAAUGACCUACGAUCUUUUUGAUUUGUGGAAAAUUGUCAGUUUGUCAUUAAAAAAAACUACAAUUUUUUUUUACAUAAAAAAACGACAUUUUUUCAGAAUUUUUUUUUUCAUUUUUAAUAUUUUUCAAAAAUCGUAGGUCAUUUUAUAGUUAAUAUCUUCAACUUUAAUACCCUUUUUGAAUUUUUUGUUUCAGCCAUUCAUUCGACCGCAAUCAUGUUAGCAAUUGGGGAACUUUAUUUUUGUACCUCCCAAAACAGCGUUAUUUUUCAAUAUUUUUGUUAAAAAAAAUCUUAAAAUAUAGCUGAAACUUAUUAUGUCCAAAAAUUUCGAAAAUUUCAAUUGAGUACUUUCUUAAAAAAACGAAUUCGCGAAAAUCGCCUAAUUUUUCAUGGGUUACUCUGGUAUAGCCCCUUAAAGCAAAAACACAUUUUUUUCUUUUUUUUUGGAAAAUAUUGAUAAUAUUUUAUUUUGAAAAAAAUUAAAAAAACUUUGCGAUCUUAGCUUUCACGUUUUGAAUAUUUUUUAAAAAUUUGCCUAUUGCUGUGUUUUUUUAAUUUUUUUUUUUUUAACUUUUUUAAGUGAACGUGUCCUUAGUGGCUAUAAAUUCCUAAAUAUUUUCAAAACAAUUAAAAACUAAAAUAAAUUUCUACUUAGCAGAAAAAAUAUAAAAAAAUGUGUUUGCGUACCACCCACUAUGUAGACUCUAUGUAAAUAAAACCGUUCAUAAGUACCAAUUAUGUAUGCAUCAUAGAAAAAACAUGAAAACUAAAAACAAAUUAUAGCAAAUUAUUAACACGUUUACAUUCAAUUUUCAUCAUUAUUCGCACUGAAAAAAUAAUACAAAAGAAAUAAUUAUUGCUCAUAACCUAUUUAAUAACAGCAAUAAACAUUUUACAGAAAUGAAAACUUUUGAACUAAAU